GGAUCUAAGUUCCCGCAAAACCGGGCCACCGGCCGUUUCUCACCUACACUUCCCCACCUCUCCACUACCACCGCAGAGAUCGCCGGCGAUGGCCUCGGGAGCGUCUGCGGCGGCGAGCCAGGCCCUGCGGGACCGCGACAUCCUCGACGCCGUGGGCACCACCGCCGCGGCGCUCUCUCUGGCGGGCUCCUCCUUCAUCGUGCUCUGCUACCUCCUCUUCCGCGAGCUCCGCAAGUUCUCCUUCAAGCUCAUCUUCUACCUCGCCGUCUCAGAUAUGUUUUGCAGCUUAUUUACUAUAAUGGGGGGGCCCUCGAAUGCAUUUUACUGCUUUGCACAUGACUACAGCGCUCAUUUCUUCUGUGUGGCUUCUUUUCUAUGGACAACCGCUAUAGCAUUCACUCUUCAUCGCACAGUUGUGAAACACAAAACAGAUGUUGAAGAAUUUGGAUCCAUUUUCCACUUGUAUGUGUGGGGAACUUCACUGGCUACCACUGUAUUACGUUCGAUAGGAAGUGACAAUGGAAGGCCAGGUACCUGGUGUUGGAUCCAGCAGGGAAGCAUGGCGAAGGCCCUACACUUGAUAACUUUUUAUCUUCCACUUUGGGGUGCCAUUCUCUACAAUGGAUUUACAUACUAUGAAGUAAACCGCAUGCUGAAUAAUGCAACACGGAUGGCUGUUGGCAUAAGUGAUCGAUCAAAUCAAUCUGACAUUAGGGCGGACAAGAAGGCAUUUAAUCGGUGGGGUUAUUACCCUCUAAUUUUAAUUUGUUCAUGGGCUUUUGCAACUAUCAAUCGUCUUUAUGACUUUGCCAAUCCAGGCCAGAAGAUUUUUUGGCUCUCCUUUCUUGAUGUUGGGUUCGCUGGACUUAUGGGCCUUUUUAAUUCCAUUGCUUAUGGGCUCAACUCUUCCGUGCGUAGAGCUAUUUCAGAAAGAAUUGACUUGUUCCUACCUGAGAGAAUUAAAAGGAGCCUCCCUACAAUGUUAAGAUUGAGAAGUCAACAGGAAAAUGAACUGACUUCUCUUAUCGUUGAGGGUAAUACUACAUCACUGUAGGAACAGUUGUUUCGCAUUGACCAUCUGGUACAUCGCGAGUUGGUUCCUCGCCUGGAUCCAUUGUUGAUUGUCUUGAGCACGGGCGGUGGUUUUGGAGUUCCAUCGUUCCAGAGUAAAUAGGAGUUUAGAAGAUAGAAACACUCGGUAGAUACUCUGAUGUUCAUCUGUAUCCUAUACGUAAGCUUGUCAGAUUGUCAUUCUUUACUCCUCGGUCCCCCCGCCCUGGUGUAUUUCUUUAAAAUUUGUAUCUUCAGGUGUAGGAGCAUGCACACUUACUGUACAAUUCAGUGAUCCUGUAAGCUAGCGUUAUUCAAUCGCAAUUUUUGCCUCUCCAUCGGCGUGGUAAUCUCUGACUCAAAAAACUGUCGAGUGCUUCUGAGAACUAGUGCCGAAAAAUGUGCUACAAAAUGGUUUCAGUCGAUCGACCUACUGCCAAUUACAGAUCAUCGGAGCUUCCAGCUGUAUGCUCAAGAUUGGACGACCGAGUCAACGUCCCUACCGAAUUUUUGUCCCUACCGAGAGUUUCUACUUUGUAGUUUUAGAUCCAUCACUGAUAGGAAUGAUUGGAAUAAUUCCUCUUCUACCCUUCGCUCAACCGCUAGGACCAUACAAAUUAAAAAAUGUUCGAACCUUCCUAGCUACAAAAUAUGCUCCGAAUCUCGAAGAACUGAGAGCGGCGCAGAUAGGUGUGGUGCGCAUAAGUAGAUAUGGGCUUGCAUUUCGGGGCAUAGACCAUCUCUAACCGAUCAUUCCCAAUCAUAUUAUUUUCAUUUUGUUUCUUCUCUUAUUCCUCUUUAGGUUAUUGUUCCUUUUAUUUUUUUUAUCUUAACCAGUUUACUUUCGAGGGAAUUUAUGAAGAGAAAGAAAAUGAUCUUGAUUUUUUUUAUAUAAAUCGUAAAGAAAAAUCAUUAGAGCACCGAAAGAAUCAGAAAUCCUUUUAAAAAAGAUUCAUUCACGAAGAGAGUCGUUUGACCGCCGGCGCUAAGCUUCUAGACUAGCUUCUGAAAAACGCUUCUGGUUUGCAAAACCACCCGCUUCUACCUGGGCAAAGCUUCUCCUCUGCUCUAUUAGUCGCGCGCCUUAUUAGUCCUCUGCCGGGCUUCUAUCGCUUUGCUCUCCUCUCCUCUCCUCUGCUCCGGCCUCCGAUCCAGACAACGGCAACUACAAGCGGUUCGACCAAGAGAUCGAGCCAAUCGAGUUCUUCUACCUUGACAAGGAAGGGGCCCGGCUACGUGAGGUGUCGCUUGUUCCGGACCAAGCUGACUAGCUGAUGGCUCACCUGUCCGACCCCGCAAGGUUCGCGCUCUCCGUCGCGCUCGGGGUCGCCUACAUCCUGAAGCCUAUCCUUGAUUUUCUCAACGGGGUCUCGCCGCGGAACCCCAUACUCGACGCGGCCGUCGCCGUCGUCCUCCUCACCCUCCCGAUCACCUACCUCUUGGGCGUCAUCCUUCUUCAACUCCAAGUCACCCUGGCGCCGGCGGCUCCGAGGCGGUUCGCCAAUCUCGCCUGCACCAUGGUGUCCGCGUUGCUCGUCGUGCUUGCCGUGCCUCUCAUCGCUUUCAUGCUCCUUGCUGGCUUGACGCCGGGAGGCGAUCGGUGAGGCGAGAGGGCAUGCACUUCGGCAGUCCGGCCAAACAAUUGCACUCACUGACCGAAUAAAGGUAUGUUCAGGUAGCUCACUGCAGCAGUUUCUCCUUCCAAAAUGACAAUGUCGUGCUAGAUUCAUCGUGACAUCACGAUGCAAAGAUCCUAAGGGACUAAAUAUCUUGGCCACGAAUCAUCGCUCCAUCCAGCUACUUAGCUGAGGCCGGAGUCUUUGACCAGUUCGGUGUGCCGCUGCAAGCGGGCCCAUCGCGCGCCCAUUAGUGUACGGUCCCGGCGGCGGCAGGCCGAGACCGGCACGUGUGCUGUUCCAGUCAACCGCAGUGACCAGGCGA